GUAACAAUUAAGUUUUUUAGGCCAUUCUAAAAACAACAAAAGAUAUGUAUUUAAUUUAAUUGUAGUAAUUAAUUAAUUUUACAUAUAUAGUCUGUGUCUGAAAGAUUUCCCAAUUGAAUUAAUCGAGAGUAUUCUCUAUAAACGUGACGUAUAAAUAGCGAUACGGCGAAGAUUAUUCUUAGCUUAUAAUUCCAAACAUGGAUAUGCAAACAAAUGAUAUAUCGUACAACGCACGAAUGCAUGCCGAACAAGAAAAAAGAUGGUAACGAAAUAAUUAUCAUGCAUUUAAAAAAGUACGACGCAAAUGUUUCUAAGUAUGCACUCUCUGUAUGCAUUUGUCGACUGGAAUGGUCCCAAUUGGACAUUUAUAUGUUUCAGCACGGAGUCGGUGUAGAAUUUGUCCGCGUACUUCCAGAGACUUAUCCGCCAACAUUGUCAAAUAUCUUCUGCGAAUGUGAUUCAAAGAACGAUGUGACUAUCACAUGCGACUGUGAAGCUACUCCAGCUUUGCAGUUGAAGGCGUUUCGACAACGAGGCGAUAAGGUGGAAAUUAAUCACUAUCGAGUCAAUGUCAAUCGUUUUCGCGCUCGUCUCAACGUCGUCUGCAUCACUGAGAAAUUGUUGGUAGAUGUGAAAUGCGACGGCUGGCCAGAGGUAAAGAUCUCUCUGGCAGCGGUAGGAACAAUAAAGAAAGAUUUGGACGAAAGCCAGUUGCAAGAAGUGGUAACGGAAAUUGUGGUGGGUGCCCUGCGAGGCACCAAUGUUCAUCUCAAUCUUUCUCAAUAUCCCACGUGUCCUCGAUUAUGGAGAGAGCCACCUUCUCAGUUGGCCUUUUCAUAUCCCACACACUACGACAAUGCGAACAUCUCGAAUUCGAUGAUACCGCAGCCACCGCAUCAACGUCUUCAAGGACACGCCGCACCCUCACCUGCAUCGAUGCAAUAUGUACCUGGCGAGAGACGACUGCUGGUGAAAGUUGUGAGGGCUGUCGACCUCGGUGGUCAACAAGGAGCCGUGGAGCCUUACUGCGUCGUGGAGUUGGAUGAACCUCCGCAAAAGAAUCAGACCUCUAUAAAAAAGGAUACCAACAAUCCAUUAUGGGAUGAAGCGUUUUUAUUUGAUAUAAGCCACAAUACGAGUGAGGUGCUAUUAGAAGUGUUUGAUCAUUUCAACAAAAGUCAAAGGUUCUUGGGAUUAGGAAUCGUAGGCGUUGAGGAACUUAUCGCGAAUCCGAGUCAACGGCAGAUCAUACCUCUUCAGGCACGGCCAUAUGAGGAGGAUGAUAUCACAGGCACUCUUACGGUGGAGUUUCUGUUCAUCGAGGGUGCAGAGGUACCACAAAUUGGGACCAAGCCUUAUAAAGUCAAGGAAACGAUAAAGCCAAUCUCGCCGACCCGUUCCUACAGCCAAACAAAUGUCAUCAGCAGCAAUAGUCUAAACUACAACAACGGUAACAGUACACUUAUCUUGUACGACUUUGCCGCACAUUCAGAAGGGGGUAAUUACCGAUUGCUUAUCAGGCAUAGUUAUUAUUCAUUCGUGACAAAUAUAAUAUCUCUGUUAUCGUACUUUCUACUAAAGCAUGAUUUUUUUUGGUUUCUCUUGCAGCAGCCAGAGCGACAGAUUGUCAAGGUCGCUCUGACGGAGAAUGGAAACUGGUUCGAGAUAUCCCCGGAACAUGGAAUGAAAGACGUCAAUGUUGCGUCGGGACCAGAGAGCACUCCCAAUUCCUCUAAUUCAGAAGAGAGAGGAAGAGCUCGGAGAAAACGACGUGAUUUCUUUGGUACCAUAAAGAAGCGACUGAGUCGAUCCAAAACGAGAAGUAGAUCAGUUGGUCCUGAAGGUGAGAUCAAUCACGAAGACGCUCAUUCGAGAUCCAUAUCCGCAGAUAGAGCUCGCGAUCCUGGAUCUGCUCAUCUGUCGGUACCAGAACAAUCGAGACGAUCGAGUUUGAGCGAAGCCUCGGGUAUAAGCGGAACAUCCACGAGAACGUAUAUUAAUGAAGCUUCUACACUCGUUCUCGAGACGUUAGAAAACGGCAUAAAGAAGCAUUAUCUCGUCCCACUCUCUCUUGCACAAAAUAAAUGGAGGAAGAAAGGAAUAAAGCUCCAUAUAUUUAAUGAUCACACGUUCAUUGCCAAACAUAUGGCUGGAGGAACAGUUUGCGAGGUAUGUAAAAAAACCCUCGCACGAAGACUCGGCAAGCAAGGCUACGAAUGCAGAGACUGUCAGAUGAAGUGUCAUAAGCAUUGUCACGUGAAAAUCGAUACAACAUGUCGCACAUCUACUAUUCAGAGCAUCGAGCUGAUGUGCAUCAAGGUUCCGCCACUCGAACGAAAGCCUUCUAUGCUUCUAUGUUCGCGGUAACGCGUUCGCCUCUAUCGCGUUUCACUUAUUUCUAACAUAAAAAAAUACAAUAAUGAUUUUGUAAUCAAUUUCUAAAAGUUUCCUGCGUUUCACAUUUUAACUCUUUCAUUUCCGAGACAAAUAGAUAAUUUAAUCUACAUAUGUACUUGUCAAUAUUUUACAAAUACAAUUGUUUCACGGAAAGACAGAUCGUUUGCAUUUACGCAAACGUAAUUUAAUCUUAAAAGUUUGUUAAAUCUAAUUUAAAAUAUCUACUAAUAAGUUACAAAGUACUGUAUUGUAAAAGAUGGAUAAAUUAGACAUUAGGAUAAGAAUUUAUUUUAUGGAAAGUUAUAAUUCUCUUAUAUCAUUAGCGUAUUGAAUUUAAAUUUUGCAAAAUUAAUUACUAUUUUUAUUUCACCUAAUUCACCAAUCUUUUGCAUUCAUUGUCACGUUUUCAAAUGAUGAAAGCAAUAAAACUCAAAGUUGAAAUUC